CCCGGCCCCCUGCCCGCCUCUCUCAUCCCUCCUCCUCCUCCUCCUCUCCUCUGCUCGCCGCUGCCGCCGCCGCCGCGCCCCGACCGCCGCGGAGCUGCCAGGUGGGGCAGCUCGGGGGCGCCGCGGGAGCCUGAGAGGAACCCGGCGCCUCGAUGAGCUCCUAGCUCCCACCCUGCCCCGUCCUCGCCGGCAGCAACUCCAGGUGCGCGGGUCAGAGCAGAGCCGGGGACGCAGCUGGCUGCAAUGGCGUCCAACAUGGACCGAGAAAUGAUAUUGGCUGAUUUCCAGGCAUGUACUGGUAUUGAAAAUAUCGAUGAAGCUAUAACGUUGCUUGAACAAAAUAACUGGGAUUUAGUGGCAGCUAUAAAUGGUGUAAUACCACAAGAAAACGGCAUUCUACAAAGUGAGUACGGUGGAGAGACUUUACAUGGACCAGCGUAUGGCCCCACAAGUCAUUCUACAGCAGCUUCUUCAACUCCUUCCUCAUCCUCAGCGUUUCGCCAUGUAGUGCCAUCUAGACAAAUAGUGGAAAGACAGCCUCGAAUGCUUGACUUCAGGGUUGAGUACAGAGACAGAAAUGUGGAUGUAGUACUUGAAGACAGCUCCACAGUUGGAGAUAUCAAACAUAUUCUAGAAAAUGAACUUCAGAUUCCUGCAUCUAAAAUGCUGUUAAAAGGGUGGAAGACUGGAGAUGUAGAUGAUAGUACUGUUUUAAAAACUCUACACUUGCCAAAAAAUAAUAGUCUUUAUGUUCUAACACCUGACCUGCCUCCUCCUUCUUCAAGUCAUUCUGGGGCCCUGCAGGAGUCAUUAAAUCAAAACUUCAUGCUGAUUGUCACCCAUCGAGAAGUCCAGCGGGAGUACAACCUCAACUUCUCAGGAAGCAGUACCAUUCAGGAGGUAAAGCGGAAUGUGUAUGACCUAACUAGUAUCCCUGUCCGUCACCAGUUAUGGGAAGGCUGGCCUCCUUCUGCCACAGACGACUUGAUGACUCUAGCUGUAUCGGGACUGACUUUUCCUUGCCAUCGACUUACAGUUGGAAGAAGAUCUUCACCCGUACAAACGAGGGAACAGUCAGAGGAGCAAUGCACUGAUGUUCAUAUGGUUAGUGACAGUGAUGGAGAUGACUUUGAAGAUGCUACAGAGUUUGGAGUUGAUGAUGGAGAAAUGUUUGGAGUAGCAUCAUCUGCCUUGAGGAAAUCACCAAUGAUGCCAGAAAAUGCUGAAAAUGAAGGAGAUGCCUUAUUACAAUUUACAGCAGAGUUUUCUUCAAGAUAUGGUGACUGCCAUCCUGUUUAUUUUAUUGGAUCAUUAGAGGCUGCUUUUCAAGAAGCCUUCUAUGGGAAAGCUAGAGAUAGAAAGCUUCUUGCUAUCUACCUCCACCACGAUGAAAGUGUACUAACCAAUGUCUUCUGCUCACAAAUGCUUUGUGCUGAAUCUAUUGUCUCCUAUCUGAGUCAGAACUUCAUAACCUGGGCAUGGGACAUGACAAAAGAAGCAAACAGAGCAAGGUUUCUGACGAUGUGCACUAGACACUUCGGGAGUGUUGUAGCCCAGACAAUUCGAACUCAGAAGACAGACCAGUUUCCACUUUUCCUUAUUAUUAUGGGAAAACGAUCAUCUAAUGAAGUAUUGAAUGUAAUACAAGGUAACACAACAGUGGAUGAGCUAAUGAUGAGGCUGAUGGCUGCAAUGGAGAUCUUCAGUGCCCAGCAGCAGGAAGACAUAAAGGAUGAGGAUGAACGUGAAGCCAGAGAAAAUGUGAAAAGAGAGCAGGAUGAAGCGUACCGCAUAUCACUGGAGGCUGACAGAGCGAAGAGGGAAGCACAAGAGAGAGAAAUGGCAGAGCAGUUUCGCUUGGAACAAAUUCGGAAAGAACAGGAGGAAGAACGUGAGGCUAUCAGGCUCUCUCUGGAGCAAUCUUUGCCUCCCGAACCGAAAGAGGAGAGCACCGAGUCCGUCAGUAAACUGCGUAUUCGGACACCCAGCGGAGAAUUCUUUGAGCGACGUUUCCUGGCCAGCAGCAAGCUGCAGGUUGUCUUUGAUUUUGUAGCUUCCAAGGGAUAUCCUUGGGAGGAGUACAAGCUGCUGGGCACCUUUCCGAGGAGAGAUGUGACCCAGCUGGAUCCAAAUAAAUCAUUACUGGAGGUAAAACUGUAUCCUCAAGAAACCCUUUUCCUAGAGGCAAAAGAAUAGAUCAAACAAGAUUGUAGGACUAAUCAUCCUUCGACAAGCCAGAGGCACAGCAUCGAAAGGAAGACUUCUGUCAACGCCACCUUGUACUAUCAUCCAACUCAAUUCAAUGUCACAACUUUGCCUCUUGCAAGAAUCCCGAAAAAUUGAAAAAACAUAGCUACUUAGUUUCACAUACAUGAGUAUAUGUUUCCAACCUCAUUUAAAUGAGCAGAGGAUAAAAUUCUGCUAUGAACACUGAACAUUAUGACUCUGUUGCUCACUUAUCAUCCAGCUUUUGUUAUAAUUAAUGCACUGUUAAAAUGUGAGUGAUUGUUAAGUAGAAUUUUUACUCCUCAAAUGCCCCUUUUUCACCAAGAAAUCUUGGACAUUUCUGCCUGUACUUUUGACACUAGAAUGCUGUAUAUUUGAUAUCUCGCUGAGCCAGUGCUCUCAUAUAUAUGCAUUUUAUUUCUGUGUUUGAAUUUCUACUUUGUCAACUAAUUUAAAAAGGCAGAAAAAAUUAACGGGACAUUCUCAGCCAUGGAAAUUUAACAGUAUUAUAGUAGAAAGCAUAUAAUUUUUGUUAGUACUUUCUGACUUCUUUGAUAAGAUGUAAGGUUUUGUUUGAAGAAUAUAGUUUGACAUAUAUGCGAGAUAUUUAUUUACUGGUUCUGCUUUGGGUCUCAGUUCUGAUUCAGUUUCGGAAGUAUUUUCCAUUACAUUGCAGUGUGUGAAACUGCUUAUUGCAUGAUGUGAAUAUUUAAAUAACAUUAGAAACGGCCAGUACCAGAAACCUGGUAUCUUGCCAACACUUCAGGAAUCAGCUGAUAUUGAAUAUCAGCUGUUAAAAACCUUUCAAAUACCAGAUACAAAAGUUCUUUAUUUCUCAUUGUGAAAGAAAGGGCAGUUCUGAUUUUAGCAGUUUUCCUUCAUUCUGGCACUUGUUUGUAUCCUGUUACUCUGCUGUUUUAAAGCACCUUGUUUGUUUCAUCAAACAAUGAGUAUCUUAAGAGGUGGUGUAAUAAGAAAUCUGCCUUAUUAUUGCACACUUUGGACAUUUUAACAAUAGAUUACUGAUCCCGUCUCAAAUUAAAGAAAUCCUAGUUCUCAUGUCUGAAAUGUAUGCACCAGCUACCUGCUAUCUGAUGUCGAAAAAUCUGGUACUUUAAAUUUCUCAGCCAUAGAAUGAGCAUACUGAGUCUAAGACCAUAGCGUACACUUGAUG